CUUGACGCAACGUCCGUGGCGUGUACCUUCGCCACAAUUGCAGUUCUUUCAAAACUGGCUCCUUCAAAGCAUUCUCAUCGAUUAAGUACCGAGUUAAAAAUUGAGCGUACUAAAACGUCUCAAAGGCCAAUGCAAUCCCAAACAUCAAGUACUUACAUGGAAGAUUAGGAGAGGAAAUCCAGGCCACGACGAGCAACUGAAAUACAAAAGAAAAUGAAGUGUCCCGCAGUCGUCACUAUAAAAGAGCUUCAGCCUGAGAAGCAUGAGCCCCUCCACGUUAAAGAGGAGGAGUCGGAGAUACCGUACAUCAAACAGGAGGCGGAGCCAGAGACCCCCAACAUGAAAGAAGAAGAACAGGAAGAUGAAAUCGCUAAGUGUCCAAUAAUUGUUUGUGUGAAGAGUGAAGAAGAUGAAGGUCCAAGCGAAGAGAGCGUCGCAGCAAAACCUUGGCGCGACAGCUCAUUUCAACACCUGACAACAAAAGGAGAGGGACGACAGCAACCUGACUGUUUGUUGGCUCCGCUCUCGGACAGUGACGACGUAACGUCAAACUCUUCUGACUUUAACACCAAUGAGGAGGAUGAUGACUUUGAUCAAAAUGCUUCAAAAUCCCUCAUCAAGUCAUCAGUGAAAAGAGACACAAAAGAAUGCACUGUAAGGAAGCCUUUUGCCUGCUCACUCUGUGGUAAAAGCUUCGCUCAGAAGAAAACUUUGAACAAACACACAAUGACACACACUGGAGAGAAGCCUUUAGUCUGCACAUGUUGCGGUAAAGGAUUCACCGACAAGGGACGUUUGAUCGAACACACAAGAACGCACACUGGAGAGAAGCCUUUUGACUGCUCAAUUUGCCAUAAAAGAUACAUCACUAAGGCAGCUUUAAAGAAACACGCACUUACACACACUGGGGAAAAGCCUUUCGCCUGCUCAGUUUGUCAUAUGAGAUUUUUUACAAAGCAUCAGUUAACAAGACACACACGUACACACACUGGGGAAAAGCCUUUUGUGUGCACCGUUUGUGGUAAACAAUUCGCUCAGAAGGGAGGUUUAAUGAGACAUGCAAAAAUACACACUGGAGAGAAGCCUUUUGACUGCUCACUUAGCGAUAAAUCUUUCUCUGUAAAAAAUCUUUUAAAAAGACUCAUGCGAACGCACACAGGAGAAAAGCCUUUUGUCUGCACAUCUUGUGGUAAACGAUUCGCGCUGAAGGGAAGUUUAAUGAGACAUGCAAAAAUACACACCGGAGAAAAGCCUUUUUCUUGCUCAGUUUGUCAGAAACGAUUCUCUCACAAAGCAUAUCUAAACUAUCACACUAAAACACACACGGGAGAAAAGCCUUUUGACUGCACAACUUGUGGUAAAAGAUUCACCGAAAAGAAACGUUUGAAAGAACACACACGUAUACACACUGGAGAGAAGCCUUUUGACUGCUCAAUUUGCGAUAAAUCUUUCUCUGUAAAAAAUCUUUUAAAAAGACACAUGCGAACGCACACAGGAGAAAAGCCUUUUGUCUGCACAUCUUGUGGUAAAAGAUUCUCUCAGAAGGGAAGUUUAAACACACACACAAUGACACACACCGGAGAAAAGCCUUUUCCCUGCUCAGUUUGUCAUAGACGAUUCUCUCGGAAAUCACAUUUAAACUAUCACACUAAAACACACAAGAGCUGAAACGAAUACUCGAGUAACUCGAGUUUAAAAACUGAUCUGAGUAAUUCUAUUCACCUCGAGGAAUCGUUUAAUUUUGCAAGCUCUAAGCAUCACGUUUUGCCCGGACUACUUUUAAUGCGGGACAACGCGCUGACGUCACGUGCGUAGAGGAAAAAGCAAUAAAAUAAUACCUUACUGCAGCCGACAGCCGUUACAAACUGCGCCGACGUUGCUAAAAACUACGCUCGCAUGUUGCUGUGGUGGUAGCAGGUAGCGUCUGAUACGUGUCAUAGAUAUCACAUGUACGUAGAACUAGAUGCGAAAUGACCGACAUGCCCUUCUCAAACAGAUUAAAAUGACAGUGUCAUGUCCAUUUGUUACUUGUGUUUUUUGGUGUUUUUUCGCCUUCUGCUGGCGCUUGGGCGCUUGGGUUUCAACACCAUCCAUGAGCAUUGUGUCAUUAUUGACAUCAACAAUGGCGAGCUACUAGUUUAUGUUUUGUUUGAAAAUUUUACAAAUUGUAUUAAAACGAAAAGAUUGAGGGGUUUUAAUAUAAAAUUUCUAUAACUUGUACUAACAUUUAUCUUUUAAAAACUACAAGUCUUUCUAUCCAUGCAUCGCUUUAACAGAAUGUUAAUGCCAUCUUGUUGAUUUAUUGUUAUAAUAAACAAAUACAGUACUUAUGUACAGUAUGUUGAAUGUAUAUAUCCGUCUUGUGUCUUAUCUUUCCAUUCCACCAAUAAUUUACAGAAAAAUAUGGCAUAUUUUAUGGAUGGUUUGAAUUGCGAUUAAUUACGAUUAAUUUUUAGGCUGUGAUUAACUCGAUUAAAAAUUUUAAUCAU